AUGAAUUGGGAGAAAUGCCAUUUCAUGGUUAACGAAGGAAUUGUGCUCGGACACAAUGUUUCAUGGGAGGGGCUAAAGGUGGAUAGAGAAAAAAUUGAGGCCAUUGAAAAACUUCCACCUCCAGCAAACAUGAAGGCUUUAAGGAGUUUCUUGGGACAUGCAGGGUUCUACCAACAAUUUGUGAAGGACUUCUAUAAGGUAGCUCGACCGUUGAGUGCAUUGCUAGAGGCCGACAUAACUUUCAACUUUGAUUCAGAAUGCCUCAACGCAUUCAAAGUACUGAAGGAUGCGUUGAUUUCAACGCCUAUUUUGAUCGCACCCGAUUAG